AUGGCUACUCCUCAGGUUAAGCGCUAUGUCAUUGUUGGCAUGGGCGUUCGCUCGGCUAUGUACUACCAAGCUAUCAUUCAGGACUUCAAAGACGUCGCCAAGCUUGUUGGAAUCUGCGAUACGAACCAGACGCGCAUGGACGUGGCAAACGAUCACAUCGUCGAGCUCGGCGGUGAAAAAGUGCAGACUUAUAAAGACACGGAUUUUGAUAAGAUGGUUCAAGAGCAAAAAGCAGACGUUGUUAUUGUCACGACCAUUGACCUCUUCCACCAUCAUUACUGCAUUCGAGCCAUGGAGCUAGGCUGCGAUGCCAUCACGGAAAAGCCAAUGACUAUCGACGAGCACAAGCUCCAAGCUAUGAUCGACGCAGAGAAGAAGACGGGGAAACAAGUCCGUGUUCUUUUCAACUAUCGGUACGCGCCGCAUCACACCAAAGUCCGAGAACUCAUCGACUCCGGCGUCAUCGGCGAGAUUUCAACAGUACACAUGGACUGGAUUCUCGACUGUGCACACGGCGCAGACUUUAUGCGACGCUGGCAUCGGCAUAAAGAAACAAGCGGCGGUAUUCAGAUGCACAAGUCAAUCCAUCACUUCGACCUUGUGCAUUUCUGGCUCAACACUGAACCUGAGCUCGUCUACUGCCUCGGCGAUCUUCGUUUCUACGGUAAAGAAAACGCUGAGCGACGAGGUGAGAAGAAUCUGGGUGAGCGGUAUCAGAAUAAUGAGAACGCAAAGAACGACCCGUUUGCGUUCCAGCUUGAUGAGAAUGAACGCAUGAAGAAGUUGUAUCUUGACGCUGAGCAUGAAGAUGGGUACAUCCGCGACAGGAACUGUUUUGCAGAGGGUAUCACCAUCGAGGAUAACCUUUCCAUGAUAAUCAAGUACAAAAACCGCGCCGUCAUGACAUACAACACAUACGCCUACGCCCCAUGGGAAGGAUAUAGAUGUGUCUUCAACGGCAGCAAGGGCCGAAUCGAAGUCAACGUCGUUGAGAGCGGGUACAACCCCCUCGGCGAUCCCGUAACAAAGGACGCUUCGGGAGAGGAUGAGAAGUACAUACAGGGCGGAGUUGAGCAGACCAAGAUUGUUGUUUAUCCGCUGUUUGAUAAGCCGUAUGUUGUGGAUGUUGUGAAGACGGAGGGCGGGCAUGGAGGCGGUGAUCCUGUUUUGUUGAAGGAUGUGCUGCUGGGUGGCGAGGUUGAUAAUUUCAAGAGGGCUGCUAAUAUUCGGGAUGGAGGGAAUGCGGUUUUGGUGGGUGUCGGGGCGAAUCAUAGUAUGAAGAGUGGUAUGCCCGUCAAGGUUCAAGAGUUGGUCAAGUGGUAA